AUGGAGGUGCCCUUCAGUGACAAAGAGUAUUAUGCUGAGCAUUUUGACGCCAGAGACUAUUUGGAAACGUACUAUACCUUCAGCCCGGAGAAAGAGGCAGAAAACGCCCUAGCAACCUUUACUAUGAAAAACCUGCACAAGUCUUUUUUUGGGGGUGGCCUUAAAGGAGACACCCUGAUUGACAUUGGCAGCGGUCCCACCAUCUACCAGUUCCUCUCGGCCUGUGAGUUCUUCCGAGAGAUCAUUGCCAGCGAUUAUACCGACCAGAACCGGGAGGAGAUGCAGAGGUGGCUGAAGAAGGAGCCGGGAGCUUUCGACUGGAGCCCGGUGGUGAAAUAUGUCUGCGAGCUGGAGGGGGACAGGGAAAAGUGGGCCCAGAAGGAGGAGAAGGUCCGAAGCAGCAUCAAGCAAGUCCUGAAAUGUGACGUGACCCAGCCCAACCCUUUGGCUCCCAUCUCCCUCCCUCCGGCUGACUGCCUGCUCAGUACCUAUUGCUUGGAAUUGGCUAGCAAAGACCUGCCCGCCUUCCGGUCUGCCUUGAAGAACAUCGGCUCGCUCUUAAAGCCCGGAGGACACCUCGUCUUUGCGUCUGCGCUGGAACUCACCUUCUUCAUGAUAGGCCAGCGCCGAUUCGGUUGCCUCUACCUGGAGCAGAAGACUUUAGAGGAAGCCGUGAAGGGAGCUGGCUUUGAUAUUGAAUGGGUGGAGACUACCAAGUUCACCAUUCCGUUGCCUUUGAUCGAUUCUACGGGGGCCUGCUUCGUGGUUGCCCGGAAACACUGA